CAGCAAUGAAUUUGAUAUGUCGCAAGUCUGUCAGUCGGACCUUGGUGGCUGGAGCUUGCUUUGGUUAUUUAAAGCGUCACCCUCCUCUUCACUGGACUUGAAGCUGAGUUUCUCAAUGAGUCCUCUAUCUCAAUUUUGUCGGGACAUCGGUAUUUGCUAUGCGUGUUUGGAAAAUUUCAAAAUAGCUAAUAAUAGCGCCCAACCACACCGUUAUCAUAGCCGUACUGCGGUUUACCCUCGUGGUUAAACUACCAGCAGGGGUUCUGGCUCUUCCGAUCCUACCAGAAUUCCGUCAAACGCCUUCAGGCUGCCUCCAUGACGCAUGUUGCUGUGCAAGAUGCCUGCCGAAGGCCAACAAGCCCCUUCCAGCAGAACUUCCUCUACACACAGGCCCCGUUUAUGCACCACAGCGCGCACCCGCAGCAGCCCUUACCAUUCUUGUCCACUGAGGAACUACUACAGCCCGGGCAGUGGGCAGAACCUGAAACCAUCUGGCCCCGGGGGUUCGUUGAAUGCCAGGAGGUGCCAGAGCAGUAUGAGCUUUUCCCCUCGCGGACCCUUGUGCCGGACCAGCAGCAAUACGGCUUGGAGCCACCACCAGCGUGUCCUCAGCUGCCCAAAGAGAACAGCAACAACCACAGGCCAAUGCGACAGACCCCCGAAUAUUCCCCGUUGACGGAUCAAACCAACAGCGAAUUGUUGAAUCCGACUUCUUCGUCUCCUACGUAUCAACCUUCCAGUGACUUGAUAUCACCUUUGCUCAACGUGUUUAGGGAGCCCCAGGACUCCCCUAGCAAUCCGAAUAUGUACGGCUGUACCUACCGCAAAUGCACACUACGCUUUGAGACGCCUACAAAAUUAGAGGAGCACAAGCAAUUAGCCCACCACCAGUUUACGCGCAAACCUCAUAACUACCGGUGCAACGACAUUAACUUGUCCACGGGCAAGUCGUGCAGCCGGAGCUUCAGUCGACCUUAUGAUCUAACUCGACACAAAGCUACAGUCCAUGAUGUCUGCAAGCAAAAAGCGCAAUGUCUUCUCUGCGGAGGGACCUUUAGUCGCGAUGACGCACUCAUCCGACACAUGCGCAUGGUUCAUUCCGAGGUCAAUCAACCAGACAAGAGGCAGCGGAGUUACAGACACAUGAGAACUUACAAAGCAACGAGGAUCUGAGGAAACGCUAUCCAGCAUGAACUGCAAGCCAGGGGGAAAGUAUUUUGGGAGAAGUUGACGGUUGCCUAGGGGGUCUCUGACUUCAGCCUCUGUUUCUGGAAAUCUUGUAUUAAGGGCUCAAUGUCUAAUCGUCGCUGCCGCCGGCUUUUAUCUUUAAACAAUUGUUGACCGUAAGCCCUACUAGUACAGCGUAUUAAAAUCUGUCAAUAUUAAGUCACGAUUGAAGACGA